UCCUCUAUACACCUCAGGAAAAUACUAAGAUGGCUGGAGCUCUGACUUUCCUCCUCAUUGGCUGUCUGCUGAAAGGCGUCCUGUGUGAAGAGUUUAUGGUCACUUUGCCGAAGACUAUAGAGGUUCUGAAAGGAUCCUGUGUGACCAUCCCCUGCUCCUUUGAGAUACAGAGAAGAUUUCAACAUAACUUAGAUAACACAUGUAAAACAAUAUGGAAAAACAAAGAUGAGGUUAUCUUUACCAGCGAUAAUCCAAAUCUAAUUACAACAAAAGAAAUGACCGGAGACUUAACAAGAAAAAACUGCACCACAACCUUCAAUAAUCUGUAUCUUGAUCACACCAAUGACUAUUACUUCAGACUGCAAUGUGACAAUCAACUGAAAUGGAAUUUUCACGAUGCUUCUGUGAAUAUUAUUGUCAAAGCUGAUCCUCCCUCACCGACUCUGACUCCGUCCACACUGGAGGAGACGGAGGGAACCUCAGUGAGGUUGAAGUGCUCUGCUCCAGCUCCCUGUCUGUCUCAACCUCCAACUCUGACAUGGACCCCCGGGCUGGGGGUCAGUCAGGAGACACUGCAGGAGAAUCAGGACAAAACUAAAGUCAUGACCUCUGUUCUGACCUUCACUGCUUCUCACCUCCAUCACGGAAAGACCAUCUCCUGUACUGCCACCUACAAUAAACAAGAUGGCAGCCCUUCGUCAUCUGCUCACAGUGUUUUAACAGCUGAUAUUUCAUGUGAGUUGACUAGUCCUCUCCUAAAAAACACUGUAAUUGAAUUGAUCCCAUGUUUUGCUUGUGUUUAGUAUGAAUUAGGGCUUAAACAAUCA